CGGUUGAAAAAUUUCGCAUUCCUGGAGUUUUCACUGAAGGCACCGGUGUUAUGUGAAGUGUACUUUGUGUAAAUACUUACUUAUACCUGACAAAAAUAAAGAACAUGGAAAUGACGUCAAAGAUAUUUAGUAGCAUCCUGUUACUUGUGUUAGCAAGUAAUGUAUUUGCUGACGAGAUUGAAUUGGAAGCUACCAGUGGAAGAGUUUUGAAGAUGUUAAGAGAGAUGGUAAACCAAACAAAUGCAGAUUCAUUAAAUCUUCCUGCAAACGCCAGCUCGAUUAGGGAGAACAUUACGGAUACCUUCAGCUGUGACAACCUCACGUACGGCUACUAUGCUGACAUGGACAAUGAUUGUCAGCUGUUCCACGUGUGUCUGCCAUCACAAACCCCCUCGGGUCGCAACGUAACCUAUCGCUACAGCUUCAUUUGCCCAGCUGAGACUGUAUUUAAUCAGGAAGUCCUUACGUGCACAAGACCACGUGAUUCAAUACCUUGUGAAGAUUCUGCUUCGUAUUAUGAUCUGAAUAUGGAAAUUGGUAAGGUUCCCGAAGAAAAAAACGAAACAGCACAAAAUAAAGAGCCUGAAAAGAGCCCUGAAACCAAUAAAGAUAAUGAACCAAACAAAGAAACUGAAACUAUUCCAGUCAACAAUCAAAAACGUUUCCCAAGUCGUAAAAAACAAAGCAUAAUCGUUGAAAGAUUAAUGAAGGAAGCGAUUGAGGAAAUUAAUAAAAUGGAAAACGUUGAAGAAGUAGUCGCACCAGAAGUUAUAGAGACUGAAAUGAAACCUGAAGUUGUAGAUAAAAUGGAAGGCGAAGAUGAAAAUUCACGGUUAGGAUCUGAAAGAAAACUCAAGAGAACUGGCAGACUUGGUUGGAGGGGGUCCUACAAAUACGGAGAUACACAGUAGUUAUAAGAUUUAGAUUAAGAAUUCUGGUAAAUUUUGUAAAUAGAUUUAAAUGAGAAUAAAAAAGAUAUUUUAUUA